AACAGACUAGAGACAACCAGGAUUCAGCCAGGAACGAACAGGUUGGAAACAGUCGGGAGCUGAAGAUCGUCACGCGAUGGGAUCUCCACUUGAUCAAAAAGAAAAAUUCGAAGUUGAAGUCGAGACUAGGAAGUAAGAAGUUAGAGGAGAGAGAGAGAGCAAGAGCGAAGAGAGGGACGGACCCUUAUGAGUGUGGAGGGAGCUGAAAAGGCUGCAGAAAAGCCUUAUUCCACAGAGAUAUUACUAGUUAGUUAGUUACUAUACUAGUUCAAGUUGGAGUCCCUGCACAUAAGAUGAUGACAGGUAAAAGAUGAAUCUGGCCUGAGAACAGUUGCAUGCGAUUAUUAAGGACCAACGCGGGGGAAAACAUCAUCCAUAUAUACAUAUCCACACCACCCUUUCCUUUCCUUUCCUUUCCCUACUAAAUCAUGUAUGAAUCAUAUCGCCCCCAUCCACUCCUCGCCCAGGUCCCUCUGACCGUCUCCCCCUUCAUCAACCUUCCCACCACGGUGACUCUCCCGUACACCUACCGAUCCGUUCCUUCUACUCUUCCUCCCUCUGUCACAGUUGACCCCAGCAAUCCCGGCACGAAACCGCGUUAUGUUGUUUCCUCUAGCGGUGAGCAUGCUGCCUCACCCGAGGAUAUCCUAGCUUCGUGCAAGGCGCUCGAGCAACACCUAAAUAAAACAAAAAGCGACGCACAUAAGGCGAUUAGGCAAUGGGAGGAGUCGAUAUCUGCGCGAGAACUUGCAGAGAAACGUCGGGUUGCGCCCGGGUGGCUGGAUCGGGAUGAGAAACUUCUGCAACCAAGUAAUGCGCCGGGGAGCCGACUCUCGCAAAGCCAGCCCACAAGUCUCCUAGAUAGUGCUUCUAUCGAUCCGGGUGCAUCCAAGUUACCUUCUAUGGCUCCGCGCGAUGACGGUCAAGAACUAGAUCGAGCGUUUGGGGGACUUGACGUGAAAUGAACCCUCCUCGAAUUCGGACGCGGCUUUUGUUAAAGUGCCAGUUGGUUAUUUCGGAACAGUCCUGAAACAUGCAGGACCCCAAACUCGCUAUGAUCCAGAAGAAUAUCGACAUCAUCACUGUAUUCGGUGGCAGGACAUGUAAUCGCUGCCUCGUGGCCCUUCGAUUACGAACCACAAGCAACAACGCUGUCGUGGCUAUUGUUUCAGCUAGAGAGCAGAGCAGCGACAGGAAGACUCUGGAGAACGAUGGGAAAUGGGAUGCUCCCAGUAGAAUUCUGUAUCACAGGAACAGAAUAGCUAUCGCUGCCUAAUUAAGUUGCAGCUCACAUGCGUCCCUGGGCCACAAUAUGUAUGUCUCGGUGUGUAUAGCGGGAGCAAUUGACAGACAAAUAUCUUAUUUAGCCUCACCUUAUC